CAUAAAUGUGGUGGAGAUCAGCCUCUUUCAUUCUCGACAAGCAGGACGAGGAGCGAAACGCCGCCGUCUUAGCCUCCAAACCUGAGUCUCUUAAUCUCUCCCCGCCACCGCCGUCAUCAUCCAUGGCCGACGCUCUGCAAAGCCCUAACCCUAAGAUUUCGGCCUAUUACCAGACCCGGGCGGCCCACCACGGCGUCAUCACAAGCGACUGGCUAGCCCAGGCCCAGGCCGCCGUCGGCAGAAACCCCGACGAGCAAGGGCCAAUCACCGCUGAGGUUGAAGCUAAGCCGGGGUCUAAUUCUGGCAAGCCCUUCAGCGUCAUCGAGGAGUUCAAUAGCUGGCGAAAGCAGCCCGAUUUGGCGGAGGCCGUGGCGGCGAUUCGGGCCUUGGCGUCUGUGAUUCGGUCCAGUGAGGCCACCACCAUGAUGGAGCUCGAAAUUGAGCUCAAGAAGGCCUCCGAGUCUCUGAAAUCAUGGGACACGACCUCUAUUUCUUUGACGGCUGGAUGUGACCUGUUCAUUCGGUAUGUUACUCGAACUUCAGCUUUAGAGUACGAGGACUUCAACUCAGCCAAGUCUCGUUUAAUUGAACGGGCAGAGAAGUUUGGGGAGAUAUCGAUGAAGGCCCGCAGAAUCAUUGCUGUGCUUAGUCAAGACUUUAUAUUUGAUGGUUGCACCAUCUUGGUUCAUGGUUUCUCAAGAGUUGUUCUAGAAGUAUUAAAAACUGCGGCACAGAGCAACAAACUCUUUCGAGUUUUCUGCACAGAGGGAAGACCAGACAGGACAGGAUUACGAUUAUCGAAUGAGCUGGCCAAGCUUGAUGUUCCCGUGAAGCUUCUAAUAGACUCUGCAGCAGCAUAUACCAUGGAUGAGGUUGACAUGGUAUUUGUUGGGGCAGAUGGAGUGGUUGAAAGUGGAGGUAUCAUCAAUAUGAUGGGAACGUUUCAAAUUGCCUUAGUGGCACACAGCAUGAACAAACCGGUUUAUGUGGCUGCUGAAAGCUACAAGUUUGCUCGCCUAUAUCCGUUGGACCAGAAAGACAUGGCCCCUGCAUUACGUCCCAUAGAUUUUGGGGUACCCAUCCCAUCCAAGGUUGAAGUUGAAAAGUCUGCCCGUGAUUAUACUCCUCCGCAAUAUCUUACUCUGCUUUUCACGGAUCUGGGAGUGCUAAGUCCUUCAGUGGUCAGCGAUGAGCUUAUUCAGCUAUACUUGUGAUAUUUUCCCUGAUAGAAACAUGCCUCUUCUUAACUCCCCCCACCCCCCAAAUGAUAGUAUUCAAAGUAUUCAAGUGAGAGGGAAGAAUUUUGGUUAUUAGGCCAUGAACGGAUCAAUUUUGUUAAAUUUGUACCUUUAUGUGAUAUGAUGUAGGUGUCAAUCUUUCUU